UAUGCUCUGUAUUGGGAAGGCAGAUAAAAUGCCAGGUCUGGACUGCCUCUGGGGAUAAGCUCACCCUGUGUGAUGUGAAUGAAUAGCAUCUUGCCUGGUACAUCCACAGCAGUUGAUAAGGCAGGUGCAGUUCUUCCAAACAGGCCUUUUCUGUCUUUACCUCUAGCUGUGGCUUUACCUCUGUAGCAGUUUUGGUUUUGCCUUGAAAGAGGUGCUCUGGAUUAUCAGACCUCCAUGUAUGACAAUUUGUACCUGCAUGGAAUCGAAGACUCGGAGGCUGAAGAAUAAUGUGAUGUGUUACCCGAGAUGGUGUGAACAAAGCUUCAAGCCAAUGGAGAAGACUAGGCCUAAAUAGCUGACCCGGUGAAGUGAAAAAUAAAGCCACACCUGGAGAGCCACAUCCUCUGCAGUCUUUCUCAGUGCCAAUGCAUUUAUGGCUGGUUCAGCGGACUCCUACACGAGCAGGCCGUCUGACUCCGAUGUCUCUUUGGAAGAGGAUCGGGAAGCAAUUCGGCAGGAGAGGGAGCAGCAGGCGGCCAUCCAGCUUGAGAGAGCAAAGUCCAAACCCGUAGCGUUUGCAGUGAAGACAAACGUGAGCUACUGUGGUGCCUUGGACGAGGAUGUGCCUGUUCCAAGCACGGCCAUCUCCUUUGACGCGAAGGACUUUCUACACAUAAAAGAGAAAUAUAACAAUGAUUGGUGGAUAGGAAGGCUGGUGAAAGAAGGCUGUGAGAUUGGCUUCAUCCCAAGUCCGCUGAGAUUGGAGAACAUACGGAUUCAGCAAGAACAGAAAAGGGGACGUUUUCACGGAGGGAAAUCCAGUGGAAAUUCUUCUUCAAGUCUCGGAGAAAUGGUAUCAGGGACAUUUCGAGCAACUCCCACAUCAACAGCAAAACAGAAGCAAAAAGUGACGGAGCACAUCCCCCCCUACGACGUUGUGCCAUCCAUGCGUCCGGUGGUGCUGGUGGGGCCAUCGCUGAAGGGUUAUGAGGUCACAGACAUGAUGCAGAAAGCCCUCUUUGAUUUCCUGAAGCACAGGUUUGAUGGGAGGAUAUCAAUAACAAGAGUGACAGCUGACAUUUCUCUUGCUAAGAGGUCUGUGCUAAAUAAUCCCAGCAAGAGAGCAAUAAUUGAACGUUCGAACACUCGGUCCAGCUUAGCGGAAGUACAAAGUGAAAUUGAAAGAAUCUUUGAGUUGGCAAGAUCUUUGCAACUGGUUGUUCUUGAUGCAGACACCAUCAAUCACCCAGCACAACUUAUAAAGACCUCCUUAGCACCAAUUAUAGUUCAUGUAAAAGUCUCAUCUCCAAAGGUUUUACAGCGGUUGAUUAAAUCUAGAGGAAAGUCUCAAAGUAAACACUUAAAUGUUCAACUGGUAGCAGCUGAUAAACUUGCACAGUGCCCCCCUGAAAUGUUCGAUGUCAUACUAGAUGAGAACCAGCUGGAGGAUGCAUGUGAACACCUGGGAGAGUACCUUGAGGCCUACUGGCGUGCCACCCACACGACCAGUAGCACUCCCAUGACCCCACUGCUUGGAAGGAACCUGGGCUCGACAGCACUCUCGCCAUAUCCCACAGCAAUUUCUGGGUUACAGAGUCAGCGUCUGAGGCACAGCAACCACUCCACAGAAAACUCUCCAGUUGAAAGACGAAGUCUAAUGACCUCUGAUGAAAAUUAUCACAAUGAAAGGGCUCGGAAGAGUAGGAACCGCUUGUCUUCCAGUUCCCAGCAUAGCCGAGAUCAUUACCCUCUGGUGGAAGAAGAUUAUCCUGACUCAUACCAGGACACUUACAAACCUCAUAGGAACCGAGGAUCGCCUGGGGGAUAUAGCCAUGAUUCUCGACAUAGGCUUUGAGUCUGCAGAAACAAACAAAAAGUUCAUCUGUUGACGAUUUGCCAUAGCACUGCUAGGAUACAACCAGUCAUCUUAACGUGGCAAGUACAGCACAGUACUGACUGUGCUUAUGGGCUGCUGUCAUUGACGCUAAGAAGGGGCAAAAAAAAAAAAAAAUGUACAUUAUGCCCUUAAGUCUAGAUGGAUCUUAGAUGCCCAAUCAUACAGAUAUUUUUAAGUGCAACAUUUACAUAGCAGUACCUUUUGUUUUCUUCAUUAGAUUUAGACACAUCAAUUUGUAAUUUAGGGUACUUAUCAAGGCACAUAUAAAAUAAUUUCCCAUGCCGGAAAUUCCAAAUGACCAGUUCCAGUUGGAACCAAUUUAUAAACCAAUUCCUGUUGGAAUUUGGGUGAAUUGACUAGAAAGUCUACUUGAGCAUGUUGUAAUCAAUUUAAAAAUCUGAAAAAAAAGAAACUAAUUAAUAAGAAAAUCAAAAUACCAAUAGAAGUCAAAACCAGCUGUUGUAUUUAUUUGCUGGAAGCUAAAUUUACACUUAAAGUUGGAAUGUAUAAACAUUUUAAUAUGGGUUAACAUUGCCAGAAUGGCUUUUCUAACUUACCAAAUGUAUUGAUAGUGCCAAAAAAAAAAAAAAAUCUCAAAUUAAUGCAGAAAUUAUUUAGUCUCCUCAGAUUUUAAUAUUUUUUAUUUCUUUUCUGGCACAGCUGUUGUAUUCAAAGUAUUUUGCUUUUUUGUUUCAUCACAACUGUUACCAUGUUUGAAGUUGGCAAAGAAAUUCAACAUUUCUUUAGCAGUGAGAGAGGAUAGUAAAGAGAAGCCCAAUCAUAGUUGGUUAUGCAAGAUGGAAAAUGGGGUGUUGUUUCCUCUUUCAUCAAUCUGAGCACAACUACAUCCAUCCAGGAAUCUGAAGUCAGACUCUAAGGAUAACAUAGAUCCUCCUGAGUGCAAGGCUAAACAUUUCCGGUUGAGAUUUCAUCUGUCCCACUGACCACACAUAUGUGUGUUUCCCACCAGCACAAUUGAAUAUCUUCCCAUUGCUUCACGCAGUCUCUGCCUUUGAGUGUCUGAAUGUGCUAGCCCUUCAUCAAAUUCUUUAUAAUCAUGCUACGGUCUUUUUGUUUUACAUGAACACAUUGAAUUUUGAUAUUGAAAGCUGUGUUUAUACAAAAUGACUAAUUGAAAAACUGUGAAAAUGAAUUUAAAAGCUUGCAGUAAAAAAAAUAAAUUUGUAGAUUCAGAAUAGAUUUGUUCACUAAAAUUAUAUCAUUUUUAUUGAAGAGAAUUAUAAAGAAUUUGAAGAUUGAACUGCCUUAUUUCUAAUGAACACUCUUCUUUACCUAUUAAGUCUUCACAGUUUUUCCAGUGGCUAUAAGUAUGGAAUUGAUCUUCUGUCUUAUAUGAUCAAAGAAGCCUUAGAUUCACUCUGAUCCAAGAAACUAUUAAAAUUGACUCUUUUAUACAAUACACAAAAGUCUUUAGGAAAAGACUUUUGUUUCUAAGAGUCUGUUUUUUAAAGCCCCCAAAGGAUCAGGCAUAAAAAUCAUUUUCUACUACUACAUCAUAAAGUCUAUUUUUUUUGGAAAACAAUGAUAAUUCAUUUUCUGUUAUCUUAUUUCCCCCCAUCCAAGCCUUUCAGUGUUUAUGCUCUCAAAGCAUGCACCAGUUAAUUUUCUUGACCAUGAAAAUAGGUUCCCUACUCUUGAUUAGUUAUAUCUUGAACCUCAUUAUUGACCCCCCUCCAAUACCCUCUCCUUCUGUUGUUCACUGUGCAUACCCCAUUAUGAACCUGUUUAGCUGAUAAUGAGGAUAUCCAUAGUUAUGUGAGUUAUCUGAAAUAUUUGAUAGAAUUAAAAAAUGUGGGCUCAGUGAAUUCUUAAAGUUAAUAUGUGAUACUGGCUUGUGAGGUUCUUUUGUCAUCUAGUGAAGCUUACAAAACUUUCAGUUAAAACAUUUAAAAGAGUUAUAUCCACUAGGCACUUUAAUAAACAUACAACCUACCAUUACUGAAUACUUUGUUAGAGCACAGAAGAGCAUUUUCCAGCAAACAAAUAUAUUUAUUACAUGUACAGCACAUAUUUGCAUGAGAAAGAAGACAUUAGCCAAAACAUUUUUCUAUAUGCUUUCCUGGUUUCUUGUUUGUGCGCAUAAAAGUAUUUAAUUGCAAGGAGUGCACCAAGGUGUUUAAACUUAGACUAGACAGCUGUUCAGCUUUUUCUGUAGUAGCAUUAGCAAUCUGGUCAUUUAACUACUUUAAGAUAUUUACAUUUUACAGCAGGUAGCUGUAACAGCAUUUACAUAUAUUUCCUAGUCAGCAAGAUUACCAUAUUCUUUCAACUUUUAAAAAUCUCUUAUUUUUAAAGACCUCUCAAUGCCUAGUUUCUGAGUCUUCCAUGUCACGCUGAUAAAAAGAGAGGUCCAUUCAAUUCUGUGCACAAGACCAGUCUUUCCUUGACCAUCAAGCAUCCACACCUGUUUUGCUUUGCAUUCUUAUUCAAAAGCUAACAACCUUGGAAAGGGUAUAAUGUAUAUUUUCUUGAUGGAUAUACGUAAAUUUUUACUUGGAUUUGGCACAUUCUUUCCCCUUCCUUUUCUAAUAAUCUGUCUUUUCCAAAUGAAUAAGGGAUAUGCAUUGUCCUUUUUUUUCUUAAGCCUUAGAGUUUAUUGUGUAACUGAUACUAAAAUACAGAUACAUACUAAAUGAAAAGUUUUAUUUUUGCCAGGCACAUCAAGCACCUUUGGAAAAUACAUAUUCCACAAAUACUUUGUUUUUAAUGGGUUUCAUUUAACAAUAGCAAAUGAUGAGGAGGAGAAACAAGUCUUAGAACGUUUUGAGGCUGUAUUAACUUGUAGUAUAAACCACGUAUUCUGUACUUUCAGCAUAUAUAAUUUCAGGAUAUGUAAAUCAUAUUCUGUAAUUUCAGUCAGCGAACAUGUAACAGUGUAGACUCGUGUGACCGUGUGGAAAUGUAGUCUUGGAAAAAAAGGAAUGCAAUUUGUCAAUCCUGAUGUUGAUUCUCGAGGCUGUAAUGUGACUCCAGUAUUAUUAUCAGCAAUGUUUACUCCAAUAUUUAAAGCAGCACUUAGAUAUGUUUUUAAAUGACUGACAAUUCUCUCUUAUCUUUAUACAGUUCUAUUGGAAAGAAAAUUGAAAUUAACAAUUCAGACCAAUAGUCUUUCCUAAUAAGAGAGUCUUAAUUAUGUGACAAUAUGUCAUUGCACUUAGUUCUUAAUGAAAUGAAUUUUUUAAAUAUAAAACAAAUUCUGAGAAAAUUAUAUGUUCCCUUUGAAUAAUUUGUUAAUUACUUUAAUUAUUAUUGUUGUUUGCAAAGUGUAUUUUUGGAAUGUUAACCUCUUUUCAUACCUGCAUACUUGAACUUGUCUUUUGUGUGAGGGCCUUAAAAUUCAUAGUAGGAACCUAGGGCAGUGAAAGGGAGGGAGAGAAGGAAUCAAUGCCAAAAGAUGGUUUGCAAAUUUAAACUCCUUGAAUGAACAUAUCAUAAAAUGUUGCUGAGACCCAGGAUGUCUGUUAAGGAUGUUUCUAGGCAACCUUAAUUUGCAUGCCAGUGUAUUUCCUUAAUUACACAAUUUUAUUUUGGUAUUGGGUAAAAAAUAAAAAUAACAAAAUGCCACUAUAGAAGCUCAGCUGGUUAAGAAUACACCUGCAAUGCAGGACACCCCAGUUCCACCCCUGGGUUGGGAAGAUCCCCUGGAGAAGGGAAUGGUCACCCACUCCAGUAUUCUGGCCUGGAGAAUUCCAUGGACUAUACAGUCCAUGGGUUACAAAGAGUCAGACAUGACUGAACAACUUUCACUUCAUUAUAGAAAUUGCCCUAUAUAUUGAUAUUUAUACUACCUCUUCUCUAGAGAAGACAAUCUGUCUUUAAAGAGAAAAACACUUUUCAAUGAGUAGUGAAUUUAUUACUGUUACUGCUAACCUUGCUGGAAAGAUAAACGAAUAAAUUGUUAAAAUGUACUUUCCCUUUGGAUUUUAAAUUGUUGCCAAAAUGCUUGUCACCCUUUCAUUUCUUCCAUGCUAGUGAGAUAUUCUUUGAAUUGGUUCACAGUUUAUCAAGAGGCAAGGUAAACAUUUAGUAAGUCAAUAAUCAUAGGAUACAAGACAGACUGCAAGGAAAUUGCUUUUUUAUGCAACUUGUUAUAUCAUCAAACUCUAAAAGCAGAUUCAGAGACCUGAUGUUUAAGUGCAGCUGGUUUGCAAAUUCAAAUUUUGUUGAUCCUUGACUUUUCCUGCAUACCCUUGGCCAUCUUGGGAGCCCAGGCCAUUGGAACAAAUUCAUAUGAAUGUUUCAAAUAAAUGGGAAUGUACCCCUAUUUCUUUUAUAUUUUUGCCUAUAUUUCUGUCUUUCAUAACACUGUUGCACGUUCUUUUCUUUAUGAAUUAUAUAAAACUCAUUCUUUGAAUAACUAUGAAUGAAAACAUGAUAGAAAAUUAUAUAAUUACAUUUGUUUCUUCAAUUCCUUAUACCUUUAAAUAUUGUUAAUGCCAUAACUGUUAAGUUACUUACUAAAGCUAUGUCUAUAGGACAGAGCACAGAAAAGUCCUCUUCUUUUAAAUUAUAAUCAUGACCAAACCACUCAAUAUUAUAGUUGUCAGACAGCAAGGAUAACUCUUUUGUUGCAGUCAAGUUAGUCAAAUAGUAAUCAGUUUAUAUGCACAGAGCUACAGCAUUCAAAAAUUACUUUUUAAAAGUUUCUCCUUUUGUUAAAAUAAACUUGCUCAAAUGAAACUCAUCCUCAUAUAGCAACUCUCUCUCUCUACUUGUGGAUGGUUUCAUACCAAAUGCUUCAUGUAAUUAAGGGAUGAUUUGAAAGGACUAGAUAAUAUUUCAUCGGAUAAUCUUGACUAAGGGCUGUAACUCCCACUUACCAUGAAAACAUAUAAAUAAGAGGGAAUAGUCAUGAGUUUGGGGGAGUCAUAGUUACAUAUGAAAUUUUCCUUUGUUUCUUUUGAUGUAUUUAAAAUGUUUGUAGAAAGAUGGUAGAAAAUGUUACUAAUACAUUUAGACUGUCUGGGGAAUACACUGAUGCUUCCUCUUUGAAUUACAGCGUCAAAGUGAAGACUAUCUAGGAACUAAAAGUGGCUGGCCUCUAGCUUUUCAAAGCUUUGUAAGUGUUCUUGGUUAUGUUCUGAACACUUAAAUUUCUCAACAAAUGGCUAUGUUUAUAUGUAGGGGCCACUCUUGCUUUGCUUGCAUGCCACUUUCACACAUCUUUAACUGAAAUCAGUGUGAAUUCUGUAUGUAUAAGGGAUGUAUUUAAAGAUGCAGGAUCAUUAAUGCUAUAUUGUUGCAUACUCUUUUUCAUAUGCCUUACAAUAUUUUCUGGGACAUUAUUAAAAUGAAAGCAUUUUAUUGCCAAAAUAAAUCUAUGUUGUUAUUUCUAAUCUGCAUUAGCAGUAGAAAAAUAAUGUAGCAAAAACAUAUAUUGUACAGUACGAAAUUAUAAAAGAUAUAUAUUUUGCCAAUAAUAUAAAAAUAGGUUGAGGAGAAAGAAGCACAUUUGUUAUAGCACAAACUUAUAACAAAAUCCACUGUUAAAUUUGGCAGUUGUAUUUUUUAAAAGUAUAUAGAUUUAGUUCUAUCAGAUUUAUUUCAUCUACCAUCUUUUUAACUUGCUGCUUGAUACUUUUCCAGCAAUUUACUUCAGAGCCUUGCAAUCUGUGGAUGUAAUUUAUUUUACUUUAUUCCCUUCUAUAAAACUCAUUAAAUUUUAUUUUGUGAUGACUCAUACUAUAUUUACUGUUCUUAUUUCUUCUCCUUCAGUAACAACUACAAAAGGUAACAUCCAGUGAGCUCACAGGGCUCCUCUGAAUUGUGGACAUGUUUGAAAUGUUUUCUCUUUUUCACAGCCUACAGUCAAAAUGAUAAAGAUGUCCCAACAAGUAUUUAGGGGUUCUUCCAUUUGUUUUAUACUGAAUACUAUUUUGAAACAUAAGUAAAAGCCAUUAGCAGUUUUUUUUGAAAGGUUGGUGGGAGGGAAAAACAGAUAAACUUAUGAAUACUAAAAGUAAACAUGGCAAACUGAUGUAAAAAGAUUUCCCUACUAUUCCGAGAGCUGUUGAUAUCCCAAGCUAUUGCUGUAUUUCCAGCUACAAAGUGGAAAAACAAACAAAACAACAACAACAACAAAAAAUACCUUUCUCCAGUAUUUUUCCUUUCUUUAAAUUUUAAUGACUUAUUUUGAUAAUUUAUCCCCUUUUAUUUCCUUAUAUAGGUAAAUGUGUAGCAUUCUACAAGGCAUGCUGGGUAAAAUAUACUAUGCAAAUGUGUACAGUGCUGCAUGAUUUGUUCUCCCUCUGCUUUAGUGGCUUUAAAGAAAAAAAAAAUGUGUUGUUAUUUUUGUGAACCAAAACAUUUAACAAAGAAAAUGCAGAGUGCAUGCAUAUAGUAUUCUAAUUUCUAUGGAUUUGUUUUAUGGAAUUUAAAUGUGUACAAACCAACUGCAUUAAUUUUUUUUUCUUUUAUACAAUAAAUG